UCAUUGAUAUUGUUACAAUUGAUUUAUAUUUUAUAUUAUAAAUAUUAAAGUUUUAAAAGACAAAGGAAAAUAUUUAGAAGUGAAAUUAAAAAAUGAAAAAGCUAUUAAAUAAUACAGACAGAUUUGCGUGACAUUAAAACACGUAGCCAAAUGUUCAAUACAAUAAUUUCAAUACUAUGACGCACACCAAAGAUCACCUAUAUAAAAAAUGGUGGCCUUUGAUUAUAUUGAUGCUACAGCAGCUUCGGGGUGAUGUUAAAAGUAGUUGCCGAAUUACAAACAUUAUUAGUGGUUAUUAUUUAAAGUCUGGAAUAAAUCAACCAAACAUUAAAAAAUUAGGGGAAUCUGACAAUUUAGCUCUUUGCAAAAAGCUCUCUUGUAAAGAGGAUAUAUAUGACUUUGGCUUGUUUGAUGGUAAACAAUGCUAUGGUAUUCUAUGUCUCCACAAUACUGACAAAAGAUGUAUGCUUAAAAGAGAUGGAAAUGCAGAUUACACAAUUUUUAAAAUACAUGCUCAGUCAUCACCAAAAAGAAAAAAGCAUGAUAAAUAUCAUAGUACAAAGAAAAGUGGUUAUCAAAUAAGUAAUAAUUCACAGCAAAUAACAUUGAAAAAUAAAUUUGUAGGGAAUAGAACAUUAGUUAAUCAAUCACAUAGGACUAUUAAUGUGCAUAAAGAAAAUAAACAACUUCAUAGGAAACAUAAAAAAAGGAGAGAAAAACGAAAAGCGCAAAUAGAUGCUGAUAAACAUGCUGUGUUCCAGAAUAUGUUUUUAUACAACAAUCAAACUGAACUUUUAACUAAAAAACAAUUAACAAAGAAACCAUAUUUUUCUACUCUCACUUCACUUAACCCUAAUUUUAAACUAGUCUCUUAUUCAAAACCGUUUAAUGUUUAUGGUUUUUCUACAAAUCAACAAACCCCACCAAAAAAGUUAUUAGCUGUUAAUCCUAAUUCGAAUGAAGUUUCUUAUUCAAUGCCAAGUUUUGUUUCAAAAGAAGUACUAUCUGAAAAUCCUGCUUUAAUAAAUUCUUACAUUCACCCAGGAACAUUAUCAAAUGGGGAAAAAAUGUUGUAUUCGUUUACUUUUCCACCCCUCACAAAUAACUACAAUAAAGAUUUAUCCACAGCUAAUUUUGUUAUACAAGAAAGUCUAUCCAACUCAAGUAAUCUUCUGGGAGAAAGUAAUGUAAAUAAAAGGAUGAAUAUUGAUUCAGCUGCAUUUUCUAGUUUUAAUAAAGAUCAGCAUCAAUCAUUUCUGAAUAAUUUAACAAAAUCAAAUAAUCUUUCAGAAAAAAAAGAUAGUCUUGUAAUGCUACCAGUGCAAAAUGAAAUAGUACAAAAAGCAGUUCAAUCCAGUAAUUAUGGUAGCCAAAAUUUUGAUAACAGAAAAGGAAUAAUAUCAGAUGUGCAGCCUUUGAGAGAUUUUCCUACUGAUACAGAUUUAGCAGUUGAAGAAAAAGAUAUUAUCCCCAGUCCUGAUGAGCUUAGAAAAUUAGAUGAUCAAACCAUGACUGCAAAAGAUAGUGUUAUUGAUAUUCCGUUUUCUUCUAAGAAUCAACUACAAGAUUUACCAGUUCUACAGAAAGGUUUGUUUAACGGUUCAAAACAUACGCAAGCACAAACAUCAAAUGCAACACUCACACGUCUACAUACACCAAAAAAAACUUAUCAAGUUCUUCUUCAGCAACGUAAGAUCACAGGGCACUCAUUAUACCAUCAUAUUCCUUCUAUAUCUCAUACAGAAGAAAGUGUUGUUAGUGAUACUGAUAAAAAAGAACCAAAGUUUAUUACAGAAAAUUCAAAUGUAAAAUCUACCAUCUUAAAAAAUUCAAAUGUAAAAUCUAACUUAAAAAGUAGGUUUAGUAGUAUUAACAAUCGUGAUAUGGUUCCCAGACCAUCAGAAAAUGUUGAAAAGCUGAUUCCUGAAAAUUUUCAAAAAUCAGAAAUCCAAAGGCUGUUAGGUCCUUUAGAUUCUUUUAGUUUUCCAAAUAAUUUGCCUAUAUAUAAUCCUAGUAAUUCAUCAAUUUUAAAUUUUGGAAACAUACAUAAUGUGACAUCUGAUACAGAUGACACUGAUGAAUACAUGAUGCUUGAUGCUCAACAUUUAGGAUUUCAAACUGCAGCAUCAAAUGAUCAUAGUAAAAAUUAUGACAUUUUAAAUUCAGGCUGUGUAAAUCCAAUUGGAAUAAGUCAACCUGCUUUAAUUAAAGACUUCCAGUUUAGUGCAUCAUCUUCUAUGGAAAAUUUUCCACCUUCAAAAGCAAGAUUGUUACUGAAAGAAAAUGGAGAGGAAUAUUCAGGGUCAUGGUGUUCUUCAGCGAAUAGUAAAAUGGAAAGUAUGCAGCCAUUUUUACAAGUUGAUUUAGGAAAGCGCACAAUGUUCUGCAGACUUGCAAUUCAAGGGGAUGACAAUGUCAGAAAAUGGGUGAAAAAGUUCAAAGUAGAUUACAGUGAUGAUGGUGUCAAAUGGGAUCCAUACAGUGAGGAGGGUGUAGCAAAGAUAUUUAUGGGUAAUGAAGAUGAGAAAGAUAUAACAUUUCGAACACUUAAAAAUCCUGUUGUUGCACGAUAUGUUAGGUUUAAACCUAUACAAUGGGAAGGUGACUCUCCUUGCAUGAGAGUCGAGAUGUUUAAUGCUGGAAUGCAAGGACUUGAAAACUCAGUUUUGCGAUCUACCAUCCCUUCUGUUCAUUUUGGACUCGUAGUAGAUCUUGAUUUUGAAAAAAUGGAUGAACUUAUAGCACUAGAUAAAUCAUCAUUUGGAAACAAUGGAUUUUUACAUGGUGGUGCAAAAAUAUUUGACACUCACAGCUCAUGUAGACAUGCGGUGCAAAUUCCAAUAGGCUCUGAUAUUGUCAUUGAUGGAAGUGUGAUGAAAGUUCAUCCACGUAAAGCUAUUUCUAUUGCUCUUUGGAUACAGUUAAAUCGUGUUGAUGGUGUUCAUUCAAUUUUUGAUACAGUUGGCAGAAACUCAAAGCACAAUUUAGGGCAGUUUCAUUUUGAAAUUGUUGGCGGUGAUGUCAGAUGGUUUCACAGAAAUGAAACUGAAAGUGAAAUUUUUAACUUAAUUACAGAACAAAAACUUAUAAAGUCACAUGAAUGGAAUCAUAUUGCUGCAACUUAUGAUUCAAAGACUGGUGCUACAAUUAUAUAUAUCAAUGGUACUGAACAGGUUCGUGGUAAGGGACAGGGGUUAAUCUCAAAGGACUGGUCUGAACAUGUUGGAAUUGGGCAACAUAAAGGUGUUAGGUUUUUGGAUGGACAAAUUGAUGAAUUUAAAAUUUAUGAUUCAGCAAUCACUGCUGAACAUGUUGAUGAAUUAGCAUCUAAAUGUGACUUUUCCAGAUAUUAUUGCGGGCAAACAUUAACUGAAGAAACUGGAUCAAUAUUUAGUCCCUCUUAUCCAGAUACUCAAAAUGGUCCUGUUGAAUGUAUAUGGAAUAUACAAGGUGAUAUAGGAGAGACUGUUUCACUAGACAUGUCUCAAUUUAAACUUGGUUACAAAAGUGAUUGUGGGAAAGGAAACUUAGAAGUUAGAGACAAAAAUUCAGUAAUUGGUGUUUAUUGUGGAGCAUCUAUUACUCCACGGAAGAUAUUGUCUCAUUCCAAUCAAUUAACUAUAAAGUAUUCUACAGAUGGCGCAUUUAAGGGUGAAAAGUUCAGAAUUGAUUUUAAAGUUAAUAGAAAAAAAACCAAAAAGAAUUCAGUUAAUCAUCAGUGUGUAGCAUCUAAAACAAUUGGAAAUGUAACAUUAGUUGGUGGAGUAAAAGCUGGAAAUUUUACAGACCUUGGAUCUGUUUCAAAUAUGGAAGAUUGUAAAGACAGAUGCUGUAAUUUAGAGGAAUGUCAAGUUGCCUUUCUCAUUGACGAUAGUUGUUAUGCAGUAAAAUGUGCUAGUCCUCAGUUAUGCCAACCACGUAGGGCAAAAUCAACUGCACUUUAUCCUCAAUUAUUAUAUAUUAAAAAUCGAAUCAAGCUACCGUUUUUAAGUGAAACCACAGAUCCUAACAUUAAUCCAUCAGAAUCUGAUAUUCAAGCACAUAAACUAUGUCCUCAUGAUGAAAAACUUGUCAAUGUUACUUUAGUAGGAGGCAUUAAAUCAGGAAAUUUCACAUCUCACGGAACAGUGCAAAACUUUGAAGAAUGUCUCCAGUAUUGUUGUCUUAUGAAUAAUUGCGAUCUAGCAUUUAUGGUGAAACAAACUUGUUUUUCUUUAAAAUGUGCAAACUCUGAGGUGUGCACUGUACGACCAGCAAGACCAUCUGUUUACAAUCCUACUGUCGCUUUUAUUAAAAGAAAUAAAGCACAAACCAUUUCAACAUUUAAAGCUCCUACAGUGUCAAAAGUACCUGCUUUAAUGCCAAAAGUAUUACCAAUAGAAAGCAAUAAAGCAGCAUGUAAGGACAUGAGGUUGUCAAAAGUUCAUCAUGGCGUUACACUUAGUGGAGGCAUAAAUGCAGGAGAGUUUACAGAUAAAGGUCAUGUGGAAACAAUGGAUGAAUGUGUUGAAAGGUGCUGUAGCUCUGAUUCUUGCAAUGUGGCUUUUGUUAUAAAAGACACUUGUUUUGCAGUUAAAUGUAAGUCUUACAAUGACUGCAAUCUGAAGUCUGCAAUGUCUGAGUACUACAAUCCUAGAAUUGUGUUUGUUAAUUGGAGUCCUCCAAAAGAUUUAGGUGAAUCAGUUCCAUACUUGUAUGAGGGGUGUUGGCACGAUUUUGACAUAUCUGCAUUUGCACUUCCACUUUUAGAAGGUACUAGUCCCAUACUAAACACUCUAUAUAAGAAAAGACAAGAUCCAGUAAACGAUUGUUCUAGUGUUUCACAGAGUCGCGGCUAUAAAGUUUUUGCCAUUCAAAAUGGAGGAGCUUGUUUUAGCGGUCCAAAUGCAGAACAAACAUAUAAACGUUAUGGUAAAUCUGAUGCAUGCAAAGAAGGAAAAGGAGGUCCAUUUGCAAACAGUGUUUACAAAUUAUUUGAUGAUGGAUCCGUUAUUGCUCUUGGAUGCUGGGCAGAUUUGCAAGAUCGAUCAUUUCGUAGAAUGGAGUCAAAUGACCCAUUACUUUUUGACAGCUUUGAAUCGCGCGCUGAUCCAAUUGGAACUUGUGCUAGAGUGGCCACAAAAAUGAAAAUUAAGUAUUUUGCAAUGCAAAAAGGUGGCCAAUGUUUUGUAGCAAAAGACAAACAGAAAGUUAACUAUAAUAGGUACUCACCUUCUCGGAAAUGUAAAUAUGGUUUAGGAGGGCCCAUGGCUAAUGAUGUGUAUAUGCUGAAGCUUAACUUUACAGAUAAUCCAGAUGUAAUAAACAAGACUAAAGUUCAACUCCCUCAAGACGAUAUUUUUCCUGGUGAAACUGUAUACAAAGAAGAAAUAGCCGGAAAUCAUUAUAUUCGUUAUCUUUACAAGGCAACUCCACCAAUGAAUAAUGUAACUCUUGCAUCUGCAAUAAAUGCUGGAACUUUUGAAGAUAAAGGAAAAAUGGAUACAAUAAGUGAAUGUAUUAAAGCAUGUGGAGUUUCACCAGAUUGUAAUGUUGCCUUUAUGCUUAGUUCACAAUGUUUUAAUGUUCAUUGUUUUUCUGAUGAAACUUGCAGAACUAAGCCUGCAUAUUCCACAAUAUAUAAACCAGAACUUUCAUAUAUAAAACAUAGGGUUAUAAGAAAACCUAGGAAUAAAACUGAAAUUGCUGUCAAAGACAAAACAUGCAAAGCGAUAUCUGAGCAUACCAAUGUAACAUUUAUUGCUGGUAUCAAUGCAGGAAACUUUUCUGAUAUGGGUCAUACUACUACUAUGGAUGAUUGCAAAGCAAGAUGCUGUCAUGACAAAGACUGCAACAUUGCUUUUAAAAUUGAAGAUGAUUGUUAUGGAGUUCGAUGUUACAACAAAGCUAGUUGUCAGAUGAGACCUGCUAAAAAUGCUUACUUAUUCAAUCCUCAAAUGGCAGUUAUUCGAAAAAUUAAUGAUUCAUUGGAACAAGCUGUGGAAGAAAACAUAACAUCUCCUUUGGUUUCACUCAAGAUUGAAUUGACAACUACCGUUUCUCCUCAAACCACGUCUUCUCUUUCAACUACUAUGAAGAAAUGUAGUGGAGAUUUAUGGGAUGAAGAAGUGGUAAGAAAUAGUACUUUAGUAGGUGGAAUAAAUGCUGGCACUUUUCGUGAUCAUGGUCAAGUGGAUAGCAUUGGGGAAUGCAUGGAGUAUUGCUGCAGUGAAAGUGACUGUGAUUUGAGCUUUAUGAUAGACCAGGAUUGCUAUACAGUCAAAUGUUAUAGCGAAAGUGUAUGUUUAACUAGAAAAGCGAAACCUACUGCAUUUACUACUUUAAUUGCAUAUAAGAAAGCAUAUAAAAUAGCAAUAAGGAAAGCCAAUCUUACUACUCUCCUAAAGGUUUAUAAGUAUCCAAGCCCUGAAAAAGAGUUAUCUUCUGAUAUUGCCUAUGCGUCAUUAAAAUCCGAGUUGUUACAUCCUACUAUUCUUGAUAUGAAUAGGUUAACAAAUGUAACGGAGAUCAGUUUGGUAGAAUACAUCAAUAGUUUGCUGAAUGGAACAACACCAUCUUCAACUUUCAUGUUUUCAUCUGCAACAAAUAUUGCAACACCUUCAUUUGGAUCACCAAAAGAACAUUCAUGUAAAGCUGAUCCAAUAAUUUUUAAUGCUACCCUUAGAAUGGGUAUGCAUUCUGGUUUAUUCACUAAACUUGGCAGAGUGAAGCAAAUGGAUGACUGCAUUGAGCGUUGUUGUCAUUCUUCAAAUGCAGAUGUGGCAUAUAUGUUAGGACCUUUUUGUUUUGCUGUAAAAUGUAAAACAAAAGAAAUGUGUAAGCCUUCACCAGCAAUGUAUUCUGAUAUUAAAAGCCUCAAUCUGAAUCCUGCCAUAUCUUUUUUAAACAAGCCUGGUUUGUUAGGUUUAUCAGACAUUGACAAUGACAAGAAUGUACUUGAUACUGUUUUUGACAGUGUUAAUGAUACUGAAGACCUAAUACAACAAGUUAAAGCAAACCUUACACAAGAAUACUUGACAGAGCAAGAAUACUUAACAGAGCACAUAAACAAAACAAAUAACUAUUCAACAACUUCAACCUUGGUUCCUACCAUAUUUGAUCAAAAAAAUAAAUCUUCGCAAGAAAAAGGUCAAAGUCAAACAAAUAGUAAUGAAAAAGGAAUAUGUGCUGACAGCCCAAUAAAUUACAAUGUCACACUUCGAGGUGGAGUUCAUUCUGGAAAAUUUAUUGAGCUUGGAGAAGGAAUCAAUAUGCGUGAAUGUGUUUCAAAAUGUUGUGAUACUCCAUUGUGCGAUGUUGCUUUUAUGUUUUCUGAUAAAUGCUAUGCAGUUGGUUGCUUUGAUGAGGCCAGUUGCCAGGCAGUAAUAGCAAAACCUUCUAAUUUAAAUCCAAAACUGGCAUAUGUGACAAAAUACAGACCAAAUACAGUUUUAUCAUUGGAUUCAGCUACCUCAGGUAUUCUAUUUGACAUUAACAAUGAGAAUCCCAAAACAUGUGAUCCUGAAACUAUUGAGCACGGACCAGUUCAUGUUAACAAAACAUUAUCUGGUGGAAUGAAAUAUGGCUACUACUCUUACCUUGGAAAAGCUUAUGAUAUUAAAAGUUGUCUCAGUAAGUGCUGCGAGUCAGGAAAAUGUGACAUGGCUUAUUUAGUAAACAAAGAGCAGUGUUUCUCUGUCAGAUGUUUAACACCUGAGCUAUGUGAAAUAAAUGAUCAUCCUUUUAAAAAUAAAUGGAUUGAAAUUUCAGCACUUGUAAAACAUUCAGAAACAAAGAAAAAAAAAUAUCAAGCAGUAUCUGUCUUACCUUUGCUGCUUGUUUCUUUGGUUGUUAUGACAGCUGGUUUAACAGGUUUAAUUUGGGCUAUCCUAAUAUUUGUGAGACGACAUAAAACAAAGAAGCAAAAUGAAAAAACAAAUGACGAUGAAGAUGAUGGUAUUCCUCGACCAGAGAGAUAAAGUCAAAAAAUAGAAGAAAUUUUUGCAGGAUAAAAGAUUUUUAAAAAUUAAAACAGAAAAAUUUGUUUACAGAAAAUAAGAUAUGGAAUGAUAGAUGGAAUGAAAAUAAUAUUGGAAUAAUAAUAAUGAGAAUAAAUGAAAAUAAUAUUUGGAAUGAUAGCAAGCACAUCUGAUAAAAGUAUUUGAACCAUUUGAUUAAAAUUUUAAAAUAAAGUGUUUAAUGUAUAUAUCAAUAAAGUUUGAUAAACUAUGAUGUAUUUAAAGUUCGGAAGUCAUCAAAUACCGCUAAGAUGGCAAAAGAAAAAAUUCCUGUUUUCAUUAUUUUCUUGUUUACAAAGUGACCGACUUUAUUCAUAAAAAAGUUAUUUAUAUAUUUAUGAAAGUUAGUUCAAGAAUCACUGUUCCGUGUUCAGUUUCACUGUUAAUAAAAUGACGAGCCUUAUUCAUUAAAACAAUGCAAUGGCGAUUGUUUUUAGUUAGAAUAAAAAACGAGCAUAAAAAGUUAUGCAACAAAUUAAAAAAUGGUAAACUUAUAGUUUGAGCUCCCAAAUAAAAUUAGUAAUGAAGAACUUGUUUAUAAACUGACAACUUGUUCAUAAUGACCUUGUAUUUACAAUGCUGAGCUAAGUUUUACCGAUGAAAUUGUUUAUACGAUGAGAAACUUUAAUUCAAGGAAAACUUGUUUAUACGAUGACAAACCUUAGUUUAAGGAAAACUUGUUAAUAAGAUGGCAAAUCUUAACUUAAGGAAAACUUGUUUAUACGAUGACGAGCUUAGUUCAUUGAGAACUUGCAUGGGCGAUUUUUUUAAGUUUGAUUUUCAACAGCGUUUUUGUUUUCUUUUUUAAAUGUUAAUGUAUGUUUUCAAUUUUUGUUAUUUUUAUAACAUUUUGUGAUGUUGUACACUUUCUUCUACAUGCAUGCAUUCACAUCCGCCAAAUUUUUUAUGACUUUUUUUUUUCUUCAUCAAAUUGAAGAUAUUUUUUAGCAGCUAAAAGUUUUUUAAAAAUUGUUGAAAAUUAAAAAAAUUUUUGCAAUUUGUUUUGCCGCGAAAAGAAAAAUGUCAUUUCUUUGCAACCCAAUAUAUUUAGUGUUAAAUAUUACUGACGCUGAAAGUGUAUUUAGUUUUUCAGAAUAUAGUUUUUAUAUAUGUGUAUAUGUUGAAGGUACUGUAAAUAUAAACUCAAAGUAGAUUUUGUUUA